AUGGAAGACAAUCCAACAAAAAUAAGGGUAUAUAUUAUAAUACUCUUAGCAGUUUUGGGAACAUGUACAAUCACAAUGGUUGUCAUUUUGUAUACAUUUUAUCAAUCCAAGAUAAAACGAAAAGCGAUAAGGAAAAAGCUGCCAAAUGCAUCAGGGUUGGAUAUAGCUGGAGAGAACACUUCACACUCUCUAAUGGGAAGUUUCUUAAGAGAUAGUGUAAAGAAUGGAGAAGAUCAAGAACUCAAAAUAUUUGACUUUGAUAGUGUCAAAAUGGCUACAAACAACUUCUCAUUUGAGAACAAAAUAGGAGAGGGAGGUUUUGGAAGGUAACUUUUCUACCUAAAUGAAUAAAUAAAAUGGAAAGGUGAUCUUCAAACUGGACAAGCUAUAGCAAUCAAAAGGCUUUCAAGAACAUUAGGACAAGGAAUGACAGAGUUCAAGAAUGAAGUUAUUUUAAUUUCCAAACUCCAACAUAGGAACCUUGUCAAGCUUGUUGGUGUUUGCAUUGAAGGAGAAGAGAAGCUUUUGCUUUAUGAGUAUAUGCACAACAAAAGCUUGGAUACAAUCUUGUUUGACCCAACAAAACAAGCAGAAUUGGAUUGGACUAAGCGCUUCAGGAUCAUCGAGGGAAUUGCUUGUGGGAUACUUUAUCUUCAUCGUGAUUCUCGAUUAAGAAUAAUUCAUAGAGAUUUGAAGGCAAGCAACAUUCUUUUAGAUGAAGACAUGAGUCCAAAAAUUUCAGACUUUGGCAUGGCAAGGAUCUUCGGAUGGAAGCAAGAAUUAGCAAAUACUAAUAGAGUGGUUGGAACAUAUGGCUACAUGGCACCGGAGUAUGCCAUUCAAGGAAUAAUUUCUGAAAAAACAGAUGUCUUCAGCUUUGGCGUCUUGUUACUAGAGAUUGUGAGUGGUUUAAAGAAUACUAGCUUCUGUGAUGAUGAACAACAUCUAUGCCUUUUGGGUUAUGCAUGGCAAUUAUGGAAUGACAACAACGGAAUGCAAUUGAUUGAUCAAACAAUAGUGAAAAGUUGUCAUCCACUUGAAGCAAUGAGAUGCAUACAUAUAGGGCUCCUCUGUGUGCAACACUACGCAAUGGAUAGGCCAACUAUGUCUAAAGUAGUUUCCAUGUUUAAUACUAAAACAACAAUAACCCUUCCUCAUCCAAAAGUUCCUGCAUAUACUCCAGAAAUGAAUCAUAUUAAUUUUGGUUCUUAUGGGAGUGGUGUAUACUCUAUAAAUAAAUGUUCAAUUUCUACCAUUGAAAGCCGAUAA